GGCUGCGCGGUUGGAGCCCCAGGGCGUCUCUUGGUACCUCGGGAGGUGCGCUUCGCCCCGCUCCGUGUCCCGGGGGUUGGCCGGGAUGGGAAAACACAGAGCUGGUGUGGAAUAGCGGGAUAAGGCCGGGCAGCGCUCGGUCUGCGCCUGUCAAGAGAAGACAAAGUGAUUCCUCGGAAGGCUUGGCUGCUUUGCGAAUGAGCUGCCCGAUGUCCCGCUGUUAGGUGUGAAUUCCCAAUGCUUGAGCUCAGGGCUCAGCGCUCACGGGUCAGCAUUGUUGUGCUCUGUGUGCAGAAGGGGCCGGGGGUCGCUUUUUCCCCGUGGCUGUGCUUCCCUGGGUGGCUCAGAGUGCUGGUGGCACGCUGAGGUCUUUGAGGGGCCUCUGAGUCACCUUCGUGCUCCAGGAGCUGCUUAAAAACGCUUCAUUGAGUUGAUGGGCUCCGUCCUGUUGGCUUUAAACCAGAUGCAGAAAGUUAGGCUCGUGUUCUCUUCCCCAAAAGAAGGCCAUUACACAGCGCUGUGCAUCACCUUACAGCUGCCCGGGCUGUCAGCACCCAUCUCUGAGCACAGCACUGAUUUCUGUGCACCCAUCAGCAGGACAGGAGGGGCAUUUCGGGAGCAGGGAAAGCCUGGAUGGCAGAUUGUGUGCCCUGCGUGCCUGCAAAGCGGAGCAGCGCUUCCUCUAUCGGAGCGGGGCUGUUACACCAGCUAAUUAAAGAUAAGGCUAUCGUGAUAAGGCUUGAAAUUGCUAUCUUAAACCACACACAGCGUCCCCAGAGGGUGCAGGAGCUGCUGUGUGACUGUGUGCAGGUGCCAGCUUUCCUGUCCCAGCAUUGCAGGGCUGUGCGUUGCCGGCCAAAGAGCUGGGCUUGUCGUGGAUGGGGAGAAAAAACCAUUUAUCCUCUCUGCAUCUCUGGGAGAACAUUAGAGAUAAUGGCACAGUUUCCAAACUAAAUUGUUUUUUUUGUGCAGGGACGAAUGCACCAGAUGUACUGUUUCCAUUGUUUGGAGAUGGUUUCCACAUAAAACUGUACUUGUGACAAGCAGAGGGGAACGGGAGAGUGGCUGGAAAAAAAGGACUUUUAUGAAUUGCUGCUCUUCAGUUGCCUCAAUGGAAAGCACUGUCUUGUUUGAGGCUCUCCUGGGGGCGUCAGGAUAGCAAACGGGGCCUGAAAUUCUCCAUGGGGUGUGAAUGCGUGCCUGACUCGGAGCAAAUGUCAGCUCUGUGAUGCGUUGUGGCUAGGAGGAACCCUGGGUGAACACGUGGGCAGCCAAGCUGCGUGCUGCCAGUCACCUCCAGGGUGGGACAGUGUCACUGCAGGCCGAGACACAGGUUGUAUAAGGAGGACACUUCUCCCCCCCCCCUGUCAUCACUGAUGUUUAUUUGUACGUGCUAAUGGGAUCUCUCUGAUGUCUCUCUCUCCAGCCAGCUCAGCUUGCUCUUAUUUGUAGUCAGGGCUGCUAAUCCUCAGCAGUGCCCUAAUUCUGCAGAAAGGAAGGGUGCAGCCUUGGGCUUGGGCAGCUGUGCAAGCUCCUGGCUUUCCAGGAAGAACGCAUCCUUUUCUCUGGCUGUGAGCACGCAGUGCCUCUCACCUUUGCUGCAGAGAGGGUCUGGAGCGUGGACUUUUCUCCUUCAACACUUCUCUGCCUCUGACAAGCUGUGAAACAACCCGUGUCUGCCUUCCUUGCGCUGUGCCAUCCGUUCAGCCCUGCUCAGCCCCACAUCUUGCCUGCGUGGGAUCCACCAGCGCCCUGCCACUGCUCCCUCCCAGUCCCUGCUGAGCAGCAGAAAGCCACUUGCAGUGCUUACACAACUUGUUUUGUCUGGCACCGUGCUUUGUGUGUCUCCCUUGCAGCGUGGCCCUGCCAUUGCAUCUCAUUGCUCCUGCGGUCUGGGUGUCUCUGUGCACAACCCCAGCACAGCUGCAGCUCAGAGAUGCCCUCCAUGAAUCCCAAGUGCUUGUUAUUCCUCAGCUUGGCCAUAACUCCCUGCUGAAGUCAGGACAUCGUCAGCAGUGGUAAUAAAAGAAAUUCGAGCUUGGACAAGUUUUCCCUGGCACCUUCUUGAGGCAAAUACUAUUAAGCUAUUGAACCAUUCAGUGGCCGCUGGAUGGGGUUGAGUGGGAGAUUUGCCAAAGGAUGCUUUGUGGAUGAAACCUUACCAGCCUACAAGAAAAGAGGUAACAAAUGGUGAGGAUUUAGGAGUCUGUGCCCGUGCUGCUGUGCCCUCCUGGCUCUCCUGUGGCUUUUCUCAGCUUCCUCAGGUCCCGCUGCCAGCCAGCGCCAGCAGCUCUGCUGUUCCCCCAAAUGACCUUUUAAUUACAUAAUGACUUGCAAACAUUCAGCACCAACAACAUACCCAAAUAAUUGAAACAAUGUUUUUCCAGCUUGGAAAAACACCAGUCUGUAUCUCUGACCCCUUCUGCAGCUCCAGCUGAAGGCGCGCAAGGUUCCGCAUCUUGGGUGACGAUGGAGAACCCCAGACAUCGAUGGUCUCAGCUCUCACUGCUCUCCUCACUCCUGUCUUUCUGCUUCCUCCUUGCAGAUCGAGCAACAGCAUGGCUGCCACUGCUGCCGUCAGCCCCAGUGAAUACCUGCAGCCAGCUGCCUCCACUGCCCAGGACUCCCAGCCGUCUCCGCUCGCCCUCCUCGCAGCAACAUGUAGCAAAAUUGGUCCCCCAGCAGUGGAAGCCGCCGUGACUCCUCCUGCCCCUCCUCAGCCAACGCCUCGCAAACUUGUCCCCAUCAAACCUGCUCCUCUCCCUCUGGGCUCUGGUAAGAACAGCUUCGGGAUCCUGUCGUCGAAAGGGAAUCUCUUCCAGAUCCAGGGCUCCCAGGUUGGCACCUCCUACCCCGGGGGGCAGCUGGUUUUUGCCAUUCAGAACCCAACUGUCAUCAGCAAAGGGACUCGCUCGUCUGCAAACAUCCAGUACCAGACGGUGCCCCAGAUCCAGGCUGCAGGGGGGCAGACCAUCCAAGUCCAGCCCAACCUCACCAACCAGAUCCAAAUUAUUCCAGGCACGAAUCAGGCCAUUCUCACCCCAUCCUCAUCCUCUCACAAGCCCGUGCCCAUCAAGCCAGCACCGGCGCAGAAGAGCGGAGCUUCACCGGUGCAGGGCUCGAGCAACGUGGUCAAGUUAAGCGGUGGCAGCAACGUGACUCUCACCCUGCCUGUGAACAACCUGGUGAACGCUGCAGAGUCAAGCACGCAGGCUCAGGUGGUUGCAGAGAGCCCCUCAAAGCCUGGCAAAAAGACUCGAAAGAAAGCCAUGUCACCCAGCCAGCCCUCCGCUGUGGCUGUGGCCGAGCAGGUGGAGACGGUGUUGAUAGAGACGACGGCGGAGAACAUCAUCCAGGCGGGGAACAACCUGCUGAUCGUGCAGAGCCCGGGCUCUGGGCAGCCUGCCGUGGUGCAGCAGGUGCAGGUGGUGCAGCCCAAGCAGGAGUCCCAGGUGGUGCAGAUCCCACAGCAGGCCCUGCGUGUGGUCCAGGCUGCCUCAGCCACGCUCCCCACCGUCCCCCAGAAGUCCUCCCAGAACAUCCAGAUCCAGACGACAGAGUCCGCUCCUACGCAGGUCUAUUUCAAAACACCAUCGGGUGAACUGCAAACAGUGCUGCUCCAGGAAGCCCCGGCCGUGACGGUGGCUCCAUCCAGCACCUCCUGCAGCAGCCCCGUGUCCCGCAACUCUGGCACAGCAUCCAGCAGCAAGAAACCAACCGCACGCAAGGAGCGUCCGCUGCCAAAGAUCGCGCCUGCCGGAGGAGUCAUCAGCUUGAGUGCAGCCCAGCUGGCAGCUGCAGCACAGGCCAUGCAGACCAUCAACAUCAACGGGGUGCAGGUCCAGGGUGUGCCUGUCACCAUCACCAAUGCUGGAGGCCAACAGCAGCUGACUGUGCAGAACGUCUCUGGCAACAAUCUGACCAUCAGCGGCCUGAGCCCGACCCAGAUCCAGCUCCAGAUGGAGCAAGCACUGGCCGGGGAGAUGCAGCCGGGAGAAAAACGACGGCGGAUGGCCUGCACCUGCCCCAACUGCAAGGAUGGGGAGAAGAGGCCUGGGGACCAAGGGAAGAAGAAGCACAUCUGCCACAUCCCCGAAUGCGGGCGGACCUUCCGCAAGACCUCGCUGCUGCGUGCUCACGUGCGCCUGCACACGGGCGAACGUCCUUUUGUCUGCAACUGGGUGUUCUGUGGGAAGCGCUUCACACGCAGCGACGAGCUGCAGCGGCACGCGCGCACGCACACAGGCGACAAGCGAUUCGAGUGCGCGCAGUGCCAGAAGCGCUUCAUGCGGAGCGACCACCUGACGAAGCACUAUAAAACCCACCUGAUCACCAAGAACUUGUAGGGCUGGGAGCCACGUCUUGAACAAACAAAACCCCCCCCCUCUCCCCCCAUCCUUUGAGGGGCCACGGUGAGGAUCCGCCAGGCGCCGACCUGUCACCCCACCGCCCUCACAGCACUCCAGUCUCCCCGGCCGCCCUUUGAGGGCAGCCGCGUCCCCUCCAGCACAGCUCUCAGGGGACGUCCUCUGCCACCGUGUGGGCUUCACGCAGAAGCAGCCCUCGCAGAGGGGCCGAUCCCCCUCGUGGAGCCGUGGGGCAAAGCACCCGGCAUGGCCCCGGCACAGCGGGGCGCGCAGGGCUCGGCACACCAGGGGCUGCACCCUCCGAUGCGGGAGGGCCGAGAACGCCUCCACAGCACAUUCCUACUUUAUAUUUAAAAUCUAUAAAUAGUUAUAAAUAUCUAUAUAAACCCCUUUGGAAGGUCCCUUUUUUUCUAUGGAGAUCGUUGCCUUACGCUCCCUGUUCCCGAUUACCAACACUGUGUAUGGUGAGUGCUUUUUUUCCCCAUCUUUAUUUAAUUGCUCCCUCCUCAGACCUGCCCUCCCCCUCUCCCAUUUCUUUUUCCCCCUUUUCUCCCCCUUUUUCCCCCUUUUCUCCCCCUUAUCCCCCUUUCCCCCCCCUUUUUUUCCCCACUUCUCUCCUUCCCCCCCCCCCUCCUGCGUUUCUUUUCCAGCAAUGAAGGUUCCUUUCACUCUGAUUUCUUUCUCACUCCUUUCUGUUUCCAAGUGACGUGGCGUUUUCCCUUUCAAUCUUGGGACUUUAAUCUCCUUUAUGUGCUUCCCCCCCCAACCCGGACUGUGUAUAGUGUACAUUGUAUCAUAGAUUAUAUUGCUUUUGUGUUUACUGCGUUUAAAAGAAAAGAAAACAAAACGAAACAUAUGGCUUGUUAUUUUUGAGCUUUUAAAUUAAAACAGAUCCACUUUAUUUUUUAGUUGUAACUGCCCACGGUUGUUUUCUGCAUUGUGACAGAUCUGUUCUAAUUACCUGUAACCGGUUGGCCGGUGUGGAGGCAGCCGGGAGCUUUUCUUGCUCAAUAAAUUUGGU